AUGACUUCAUUGUCGUCGGUUCAGGAUCUGCCGGCGGAGUCGUUGCCCACCGGUUGGCCGAAAACCCGCACAUCCACGUCCUGUUGCUGGAGGCGGGCGUCGGAGUACGACUGGAACUACACGGAAGCCAAACAGCCGGUGGGACUGGCCUUCAAAGACGGACGCAUUCAGGAGAAUAGGGGCAAAGUGUUGGGUGGCUCGUCCUCCAUCAACGCCAUGAUCUACAACAGAGGCAAUCGACAGACUUUCGACGACUGGGCGCAAGAGUUCGGGGCCGAGGGCUGGAGUUAUAGAGAGGUUUUGCCGUAUUUUAAAAAGUCUGAGAACAAUACGGAUCCGCGAAUCGUCGGCGACGGCAGAUAUCACGGAACCGAAGGCUUGGUUCAGAUCACUUCGUGGCCCCAACCCGUGGACCCAAUCAUCCAAAUCCAUCAGAACGCUAUGCAUGAGUUGGGAAUCAAGACCACAGACAUCAACGGACUCGUUCAGACGGGAACCACUGUCUUGCAGGCCUUCAUCGACAGUCGCGGCCGGAGAUCGAGUAUUGCGAACUGCUAUUUAGAUCCGAAUCCCUUUCCCCGAAACCUGGAUAUCCUGACGCGCGCUCACGUCACCAAAAUCCUGUUCAGCGGACAGACGGCUAUUGGCGUCGAAUUCGUGAGAAAUGGUCUCAAAUAUACGGUGAAAACGCGUCGCGAAGUCAUCGUCAGCGCCGGCUCCAUCGGAUCUCCGCAACUGUUGAUGUUGUCGGGAGUGGGUCCGCGUCACGAGUUGCAGAAGUGGGACAUUCCUGUGGUGGCGGACCUCCCGGUGGGCGAAAACCUGCAGAACCACCCGGCCCUUAACGUCAACUUCGCCAUCAAAGAGCAGUUCCACGAUUUGGUUUAUAGCGGCGAUUCUGAGCUGACUGUUGAUAAGCUUUACGAGUACUACACGAACGGCUCGGGAGUGCUCUCCAGAUACUACAACUGCUUGACAUACCUGUCCACCAAAUCCAACGACAACCCCGACUUCCCGAACGUGUCGCUCGAGUUGGCGCUUCUGAAGUACGCGAAAGACCCGUCGCAGGUGACUGUCGUGCAGUUCGAGGCUCAGGACGAGUGGAACGCCUAUAACCGCGAUCUCCUCGGAAAACCCUAUUUCUUCAUUCAGCCGAUCCUCGAAAGGGUUCGGAGUCGCGGUUUCGUGAGACUCGCGUCCGUCAACCCCUUCGUCUAUCCCGUCAUAAACUCGCGCUUUCUGUCGGACGCGCAGGACUUCGAGGAUAUGGUGGACAUCACAAAGUUCGCGUUCUAUGUCUUCGAGCGCUCGUCUGUCGCGCCGUACGUCCGAAGACAUAAACCCGUUCCCGGAUGCGAGUUCUGUGCGGGACAGCGCUUCACAUACGAGUGCGACGCUUACAUCCGGUGUCUCAUCCGUCAGGUGACGUACACGGGCUACCAUUUGGUGGGCACCUGUCGUAUGGGCGCCGACCACCGCCGCGACACUGUCCUCGACCCCCGACUGCGCGUCAAAGGAGUGCACGGACUGCGCGUUUGCGACGCCUCCGUUAUGCCGACCGUCACCAACGGCAACACCAACGCCCCGACCAUUAUGAUCGGCGAGAAGUGCGCCGAUCUCAUCAAAGAGGACAAUCAGCUGAUCCAACGAAAGGGCAUUCACGUCGAGUCCUUCAAUGAGUUCAGUCGCUAA